AUGUGGAUGAAUGUGCCCGAGGAUUGGACAACUGUGGUAGUAAUUCGCAAUGUAUUAACACUGAUGGGAGUUUUGUCUGCAGAUGUAACUAUGGUUAUACCGGAAAUGGAGUAUAUUGUUAUGGUGAGUACUGUAGUUCCUUGGCAUAUUCUUAGACUGUAAUUCGUUUAUACAAGUUUUCCUUUUUUUAUUUUCUAUAUUAUCAAAGUAACGGUUUGAUCUAAUUGAUGAUUUUUCCUAUUUUUAAACUGUUGGGAAAAAUUGUGAUCUGCCAUUCGCUUACUACUAUACUGAAAAAGUCAUUCGUGAAUUUUUUUAUCCUUAGACAUCAAUGAAUGUUCCCUGUCGAUUGACAAUUGUCAUUCCAACGCUUCUUGCAGCAACAUUGGUGGAUCAUUUUUCUGCACUUGUGAGAGUGGAUAUACUGGAAAUGGAACUUUUUGCCAAGGUAAAUAGCCAAUGGCCAUAUUUAACGUCAAUUCGACCGAAAUCAUCGAGUAAAAAAGAAACGUUGACAACAUAAAUGAUACUGCAAGGCAAUGAAAGUAUAUUAAUUAUGUUUGUAACAAUUUAAUGCAAUUUAUUUGUCAUAAAUCUUUAGAAAUAGAUGAAUGUUCUCUUUCUGUUGACGACUGCCACCCAAAUUCAAACUGCACCAAUAUUGAUGGAUCCUUUCUGUGCAUUUGUGAUGAAGAAUUUUCAGGAAACGAAACUCUUUGCCAAGGUAAACAUAAAAGGUCAUCAUGGCACCUAAGAAAAACAAAAUUUUAGUCGCGUUUCUUGAAAAUCGUAAUACACACAUACAUAUAAAAAAUAUUUAAAGGACAUUGACAACCAAAAUUUCUGUUAGGCCUACUUAUCUAUUAGGUAUACUUACGGAAUAUUUAAUUUCAUAUUUUUGUCGAUUUCUCGCGUUUAGUUGUUGAGAAAAUUUAAUAAAAAGUUCAACAGUUGUACGCCAUUUUGAAAAUAAACUGUGUAUGCUAAUUUAUGCCACAACAUACAUUAUCUGACGACAUUAGAUGGAUAAACAUAAUUUCAUGACUAUAAACAAUACCGAGUAUUACCACGUGUAGUGUACUUUGAGCCAAAACACCUACUCCGUGUUAAAUAAUCGCAGAAAUUCGAGUGUAACAAGGCAAAUACUAAUGCAAUAUUUUAUGAUCAAUUGUACAUGUAUUGUAAAUUGCGCCAUUCCUUGCUUUCCCAGUCGCUCGAUAUGUUUUUAUCUGAUAGUGUAGACUUGUUUGAUUGCGAAGAGUGUUGGCCAGUAUAACGCUAAAACACGACAUAUUUUUAGCUAACAUAACACGCACGCAAUAUAAUUCUCUCUUGUAGUUUUGGUACUACCCAUCUAAUUACGUCACAAAGUUCGAGAUAAUUUUUCAAAAAUAUUUUCCAAGAUGGUGGCGAAACACAAAGUUUGCAUACAUUUUUCUCGUAAACAAAAAUGUUCGAGAAGGAAAUGAUAAUAUUUUUAUAGUUAGGUCGUCAGGUAGGAUUGAAAUAGCCAAAAAAAAAUUUUCGUUGCGAUUGUUCUUUAAACACGUUAGACCUAAUCUUGUAUUGCUAUUCCCCACUAUCUUAUAAUUAAAUAAUACUUGGUGUACAUCAGUACAAAUAGUCACUGAAAUUGUUGAAAGCGUUUCUAUAUUUCGACAACAAAGUGCUUCAAAAUUUAGUUCUAUAAAGACCCGUGAAAAUGUCCAGUGCAAACUGCAAGCCCUAACCAGUUUCAGAAAAUGUAACGAUAGGAUUUUUUGAAGCAGAAAUCGAUCUGUAGCCUGUCAUUGCGGUUUAAGUUGCGCAUCGUAAUGGGAUAGGUAAUAGUAAUCCGAAAAUAAUUAAAAUCCCAAUUCAAUUCAUCCGAUCUGAAAGACUUUAAUCCGAAUCCAUUUGGAUCCAAUCGGAUCCAAUCUUAGAGCAAGAAGUGAUGCUGGCUUGAUCCGGUCCGACAAAAUGUUUUACACAGAUUUGAUAUUUUGAUUUCAAUUGAUCUUUUUAUUUCCUAUUGGCUCUUUUUACGACGCAGCACAGGAUCGCAUUCUGAUUAUAACACCGCAGAAAACGUCAGCGCAUGCGUCAACCAUACUAAAAAUUGCCAUGCGAACGCGGUGUCAAAUGUUCCGAAGUUAGUCAAAAGCUCAAGAUGGAAGCGAUAAGGAUGGACUUCUAUGUUUUUCUGUGAAAAUGCAUGCAAUCGAAAUAAUAAAUGUGACAACCUAUACUAAAACUAGAAAUAAUUACUGUCUACAUGUUCAAAAUAUAGUAUCAUGCAAGAGAAUAAACCAAUAGUAAUUGGGCAUAAAUGUAUUGCAUAAUUUCUUUAUCUUUAAUCGACGUCACUGAAAUAAUUUAUCCAAGUCCAUAUUUGACCACUGGGAUUCAAUAUUUUGCCCGGGUAAAAGAAGACAGAUCUUUUUCAUUUGACCCUAUUUACUAAGGCCCUAAUUAAAUAGUUGAAAAUAUAAUGAAGUGCUGCAUGCGGUCUACUAAAUUCCUUUCAUUUUCGUCGUAUGCUCAAAUAUUUAUUCUAAUUGUCAUAGAAAAAUCUAUAGCCGUCCGGUUACGAGGACCAUCAAGUUCUAAUGGUACUGGUCGUGUGGAGGUAUUCUACAAUGAACGAUGGGGAACAAUCUGUCAUGAUUAUUGGGAUAUAAAUGAUGCUAAGGUUGUAUGUCGUCAACUUGGUUAUCCAUAUGCCGCUAGAGCUCUUCGAGGGAGCCAAGUUCCUGAUGGCACUGGACAGAUAUGGUUAGAUAACGUCAGAUGUACUGGAAAUGAGCAAAGUCUAAUUAAUUGUUCUCAUAGUGGAUGGGGAUAUCAUAAUUGUCGGCAUUAUCAGGACGCAGGAGUGGAAUGUUCUUCAG